AUGCUUUCUGCGUCUGACCACCCCAUAGACGAUCCCCACCUCAACCAAGACGCGCUACCUGCGAACAACCCUUGCAUUUCUCCAUUGGUUCACGCGUCAGACAAAUAUUCUGCUGGAACUCUUGGCGGUCAACUCGGCGGAUUGUUUGGCGGUGAUAUGCCAGAACCAAAAGCUCUGCCUGAGUGGCCUCUCGAGGAGGUCGGCUACAUCUAUCAGCCGCUAUAUGUCUCUCCCGACGGACGCAUUAGUGGCGGCGCGUAUUCACCAGAGUACUACAUAUACGAGUCAGAUCAGGUAUGUGCCUGGGACGAAGGACUACAGGCGAUUGAGGACUUCGAUUGGCCGACAGGAAAACAACAUCGAGGAGAUUUGUGUGGCGCAUCAGACGGCGAUGUUGAGGUGGAUGCAACAGAAGACGACACUGCAGAAACCUCAGAAGAUCUUGAGGACUUACACUCAGCAGCAGAAGUCGUUGUGUCCGAGGUCAACCCAGAUCGUGCAUUGGUUGAAGCUGCCUCUUCGCCUCCUUGGAUACCAGACCUGCCGUUUGAUGUUGCACGGGAGGAAGACAUAGAGAUCACUGCUGAGGCGAAUGAGUCCAUUCCUUCGCCGGUUAGAUAUCGAUCGCCUUCACCACAGGCGGCACCCACGGUCACCGAAGUAGAGGUUCACAACGAUAAGGAUGCAGAUGCGAUGGAUGUUGAUGAUGCCAUCUCAACCGACACCAACCUCGAGCCACUGGUGUUGCCCGAGUCGACUCCACCAGAAUCGGACUCCACUAUAGUUGAGCCCGAGACCCAGCAUGGCGACAACAUGGACGUAACGGACGUAGAGACCAAGAGCCCCGAAGCCAUCACCAUCGACAUUGAGUUGGCGACUCCCGAAUCGACUCCCGAAUCAUUGCCAGUGCACGAACCCGAAAACACCCAACCCACGGAAGAGCGCCCACAAAGCCCAAUCCCAGCAAAACACAUAAACACCACCGAGACCAACCAAAGCGAGAUCACUGACAAAGCAGACUUCACUGCAAACCUCUCGCCAGAGACUACACUCGCACCGCCUACUCUCAAUAGGCCGACCCAGACUUCGAAAUGGUACGGCAUCAUCUCCUCGUACAUCCCUUCGCUUGGCGUGCCAUCUUUACGACGAACAUCGCAAACUCCCAGGGCGGAGGAAGAACACGAGGUCAACGCACCCGCAGAGCCUGAAGAUGUUGAUGUACCCGACUUCUCCGUUGCUGACGCAGAUUCGCCGAUUCAACAAGACGAGGUUCAACGUGCUGAACUCGCGAUUGGGAAACAGUACAGUGCAUCACCACACAACAUGACCCCACAAUCACGCGGAUCAGAAGAUACUUCAUCCACUGUGGUAGAGUCCGAGGUUCCGCACACAACAAACACGCUUGCGGGUAGCUCAGUCCCACCCAGUCCAACCCCAAUCGAAGUCCUCGAGAACGAAAACCAGCCCUGGAAAACACAACUAAACGCCGCCGCUGCCGAUUCAUCCACCGACAUAAAUCCAGCCAGCCCCCCCGAACCCGAGGAAGAACCAAACCCUCCGAGUCCUCUGGGUGCAAGUUCGCCCUGGGCGGGUAGCUUGCUGGAACAGCACCUCGAGAGAGUUACAGAACAGUCGUCGUCGCUAUUUACAGCUUACGAAGCUGAUGCUUUACCCGCUGCCUUUGUAAGCAAGGAAGAAGAUAUCAUGCUGGAAUCUCUCACCCCAUGUCCCGUUGUGCUACAAACACAAGGCAAAGACACUCCGCUCAGCCACGGCGAUGGAAAUCCCGAUGGAGAUGAACGAGUCGUCUCCGCACCCCAGACACAAACACAGAUCCAAACACAAAAACAAGAUAUCCCCAAACCCCCUCUUUUAUCUACACCUUCUCCCACGCCUGGGUUGUUGAAUAAACGCAAACGUAAACGCAAACACCCCACCAACGACGCAGAUCUCGACACCGUCGCGCCGCGCAGGAAAAGGGUGAAGAUGACGCACACCGCUACCAUUCCCAUUACUGAAGUCGCACACAAAGACGACGCACACCGAUCUACGCAUCUUGAUGUCAUUGUGCACGACUAUGACCAGGACGAUGAAGACGUAUAUGGAGGUGGGGGUGAGCAAGAAGAUGAGUUGGAGCACUACAGCGACGUCUCCCCCCCACCUCCUUCCAUACCUCCUUCCAUACCCCUACCUCCUUCCAUACCCCCACCUCCCCCUCCCCCCCUCAAACCAAAACUAGUACCCAAACACCGCGUAGGCGGCCGUGAAUUAGCGGGGUUAACGGACGGGUUAUCACGAGGGAGUAUGGUGGGGGGGAGACGUGGAAGGGUCAAGGUACAAGCAGACACUAGGCUGGGACUUGGGGAGUCUGGUGCGGAUACGAUGGUGCGGGAGAUGGAUGGGAAGAUGAAGAUGAAGAAGAUUGAUAUUGAGGGUGGGGAUGCAGUGAUGGUGGAAGUGGAGGUGGAGGUAAAGGGGAAGGAGAAGGAGAAGGCGAAUAAAUACGGAUUUAAACCUAGUCCUAAAAGGUUGCGUAGUGGGAAGAAGAAGGGAGAGAUGGGGGGAGGAAAGGGUGGUGUGAAGGGGAAGGGGAAGGUGGGGAAGGUGGGGAAGGGAGAGAUUGAUGGACCGCGGCAGACGAGGAGUGGAGGAGGGGGGAGGAUGUAA